AUGUCCGAAGAAGAAGUUUUGAAGAUCUACACUAUUGACGAGGUUGCAGAACACAAGAGUGCCGAUGACUUGUGGAUGGUCUACAACGGGUUGGUAUACGAUUGUUCAUCAUUUCUUGAUGAACAUCCAGGAGGAGAAGAGGUGGUGUUGGACGUGGCAGGAACGGAUGCCACCGAGGAGUUUGAUGACAUUGGCCACUCCGACGACGCUCAUGAGAUCUUAAAAGGGUUAUUGAUUGGGAAGUUGGAAGGUGGUGUGGUAAAGGAAAUCAAGUCACAGUUGGAUUUCGAAGAAGGAGGAAGCAACCUUCCUGUUUUGGCGGCGGUGGCCGUGGUGGUUGCCGUGGGUGCCUACUUUGUGUUUGUGAAGUAA